UGUCAAACAUUUUCAAUUUAACGACCAUUUUGAAAGCAACAUAAAUACAUUAUAAUUUUUAGCCUUUAAAAUAUAAUAAAUAUUUGUAUUAAUGGAGUGCACUACGGGCAGGCCGCCUAUGGACAAUCCUGGCUUAACAACGUUUAACAGUAUCAGUAAUGUAUUUAGCGUGGGCACUUUACCGAGCAUAAACCUGACCACACAAGGAAAUAACAUGGAGAGUCGAUUCUCCAUGAUGAACCACACAAGUACAAAGAAUGGAGCCAUGGAAAACAAAUAUUCUAGAAUGAAAAAACUGAUUGCUGCUAUAGAAAAAUACAUGGAAACAAGAACAGAAGAUCAGGCGAUUGUUAUCAAUCAGCACUUACAAGCCCUCAGUUUAGCAUUAGACAGCAGCAUAUUCGACCCUCACACCAAUAUAGCAAACAACUUCUUCCUGAGCUUAUAUGAACUCUUAGUCAUAUUAGAACCGAGAUCAUUAACCAGUUGGUACUGUGUAGAUGUUUUAAUAAAUGUUUGCAAGAACAAUGCUGCAAGGCAAGUACUUAUUACAAAUUACCACUUUUUACCUUGCAUUGCUCGCAUGAUCGGGGACCAAUUGACCAUUGAGAAAAAAACAAGACUUUUGAAACUUAUGCAAGACAUCACUUGGGGCAUUAAAAUCCAUUGGCAGCUGCCCCAUUUGCCUCAUUUAAUGUCAGUUUUGUGUAAGUGGAUCGAGAAGAACCAGGAGCCUGAAGUGGUCACACUGUCUUUAGGAGUUUUGGUUAAUUUAUGCUAUAAAAACUUGUCCAGUCAGUCGGUUUUGCAGAGAAAUGUUGACCUCAAGAAGUUUAUCAAGAUGUGUCUAGUGUUAAAGGGCCCAUUAGUGGAAAUCUACGUUUGCCAAAUAACAAUAAUCCUGGAAAACAUCUCCGGAUACUUCCCAGACCGGUUGCAUCCAGAGCUGAUCAAGCAAAGCUUUAUGGUGUGUGCCGAAGCAUAUAAAAGGGGGGAUUGCAACAUGUUAAAACAAGUGGUUGACUUUUUUAAGGAAUAUGUUGGCAAUCAGAGAUAUUUAUGCUCUUUUGAUGGCUACAGGGAGCAUAUUGGCAAACUGAUAGACGUGAUAGAAUCUUCAAAAGAUCCCACAAAGAAGCCCGAAUCUUUGGCCAUAGUUUUAGAUUUUAUCAAUUUUUUAAUACACAACAAAGUGCCCACGAUUUCCAGUCUAUAUCCCCGGAUUAUCCCUUUGGCUUUGAAGAUGAUCCAGGAGAACACCCUGUGUUUUCAAGUUUUAGCCCUAUUUAGGUCUAUAGCCGUUAAUGUGGAUAAAAAGGAGAACGGAGUUUUGGAGCCCCUUAUUGGGGGCUUAAAGGGGUUUCUGGCGAUAUUUCAUAGCUGUAAAGACGAGAGGAUCAUGACGAACACUGAACAUAUAAAAACGUUAGGUGCCUUAAUGCAACUACUGACAGCAAUGGUCCAAGUGAAAAACAUCCGGGACAAAGUCAAGGAGGAGCUGCAAGAAGAAUUGUUCACGAACAUUUUUUCCUCAUUAUUAGGAGACGAAUCGCCGCGAAAUGGGGAAACCGCUUGCAGCACCGACACGAUCAAUUUAUACGUUUACACUUUGGCUCUGGUGUCCAAAUUGGUGGAGUGCAAUAACAGCUGGAUCGGAUUCUUGAAUAAUUUAUUGGGAUACAGGCAGGUGCACGUUGUUUUGGCACAAGCGAUUUGCAGCAGCCCCAGCGACGUUAAGAAAAUCGCCAUCGAACUGUCGACGUCUUGUGCCGACGGGGUUUCACUCGCCUUGACGAAUUCGCAACAUUUAAUCAGUUCGGGGAAUCCCAGCUGUAGUAACUCACCGGGGGCGCACUCCGAUCAUAGUUUCAGUUUUAUGCCGGUGGCGCAGCAUGAGAGAUUACAGACUGUAUUGGAAAGUGUUCAGAAUGCCGUGUCAAGAAACGAACUGAACAACGUGGCCACCUCGGAAAUGAUCGAGUUCUACAAUUACAAGAUUUCGUAUUUGGCGCAGGCGGAACGGGCCGCCCUGUCCAGCGUAGAGGCCGCCACUAGACAUUGCACCCAUUUACAACACCGAAUAACGCGACUGAAUCAAGAAUACACGAGACUGCAGCAAUCCGAGUUCGAUACCAUACAAAAAUACGAGGAAAUGAUUAAGAAGAAGGAAAGCAUUUGCAUCGAACUAAGGGAACUACAGAACAAGUUUGAGGCGGAAAAAGGCAGAUAUAAAGUGCUACACUCGCAAUUCAGCCAAAAAGAAAAAGCGUUCUCGGCAUGUGAGGCAAAACUGCACGAGACCGAAGAGAAACUGUCGAAGCUGCAACAGUUGUUCAACAAGAUGGAGGAGAGCGCGCGGAGAUUGGAGAAAAACGUCCAGAAGAAGGACGAGGCCCUCGUGAACGCCAACGAGAAUAUUAAAAGUUAUAAAAAGCAAGUGGAAGAUUUGGAAAAAUGCCUGACCGAAAAGCAAAGAGUCUUGGACGAAACCCGAAGCCAACUGCAACUGAAAUCCUCCAUUUUGGACAGCAUCACUAAAAUGGCCAACUCCUCCCAAAAUGGCCUCAUAUAACGUAAAAAUUAUUAACUAAGUUAAGGAGGUUAACGUGUAAAUAGGUACUUUAUUAAUUAAAAAAAAAUGCCCCCAAA